AUGAAACUCUCUCUUCUUGCCACUGCACUCAUCGCGCCGCUGGUCUCGGCGCAUUACUUCUUCGACACGCUCGUCAUCGAUGGCCUCGAAACCACCCCGAACCAGUACGUCCGCUCGAACACCCGACCCGAGAAAUAUAAUCCAACCAAAUGGAUCAACACCCGCGACGACAUGACCCCCGACAUGCCCGACUUCCGCUGCAACAAAGGCUCGUUUACCUUCGCAGGCCAGACAGGUACGGUGGAGGUCAAGGCUGGAUCCAAGCUUGCGAUGAAGCUUGGUGUCGGUGCAACCAUGCAGCACCCUGGCCCGGGCCUUGUGUAUAUGUCCAGGGCGCCUGGUGCGGCUAAUCAGUACGAGGGCGACGGUGACUGGUUCAAGAUCCAUGAGGAGGGAAUCUGCGACACGACCAAGGAUAUCAAGUCUGAUGCUUGGUGUACAUGGGAUAAGGACCGUAUUGAGUUUACCGUUCCUCCGGACCUUCCGGACGGAGAGUAUCUUAUUAGGUCUGAGCAUAUAGGUGUCCAUGGAGCGCAUGGUGGGGAGGCUGAGUUCUACUAUGAAUGCGCUCAGGUCAAGGUCAUCGGUGGUGGAAAUGGAACUCCCGGGCCUACCAUCAAGUUCCCAGGUGGUUACAGACAGGAUGACCCUUCUUUCAACUUCAGUGUCUGGGGCGGCAUGAAGGAUUAUCCGAUGCCCGGUCCAGCAGUUUGGACUGGCAGUUCAAGCUCCAUCCCUCCCAUCAAUGGAGGUUAUGAGGAUGAAUCUGUCGGGUACCCUCAGCCAGGGAACGCCGGUACCUGCAGGAGCAGCCUCCAUCGCCGUAAACACGCUCGUGAUUUCAGCCAGUAA